AGAAGAAAAUGCCCCCUUUCAGUCUCAAACCUUUCCUUCUUUAAUCGAAUAUUUAACUAAACUUUAGUUUUUAGAAAAUGUCUUCGGUUCAUCUUCUGAGAGAGUUCAUCGGUGAAAGACUGAGCGCUGCUGCCUCAGAAAUCUUCUCCGAGUUUGAGAAGACGAUCCUGCGGUACGAAGAAGAGCUCGACCGUCAGCGCAGACUGCUGGAUGUCAGCUGGAAACCUGAGCUGAAGCUGCACAGAGUCGACCUCCAACAGGAACCAGUCCAAAGGCCGGAACUGAGACCCACAGACCACAAGUUCUUCAACCAGGACAGGAACUCCAGCCAGGAUCAGGAAGAAUCAAAACCAGAACCUCUACGUUUCAAAGAAGAAGAGCAGGAAUUCUGCACCAAUCAGGAGGAAGAUCAGCUCCACCUGAAGCAGGAGGCUGAUCUGUUUAUAGUGACCACUUUGCUUGAAGAACCUGACCACAGUGAAGCAGAACCAGACAGGGAGCAGCUCAUCUCUCAGAUUUCUGCUAGACCUGAGGACCAGGAUUUAGGGUCAGUUGAAAAUUCAGAGUGGUCACCAAAAGAGAUGGAUCAUACGGAUGGUUGUCAUGGUAACAAAGCAGACCAACCAGCAACAUCUCAGAAGUUGUUUUCUUGUCACAUCUGUGGAGAAACUUUUACAGAGAAUUUACUUUGGAUCCGUCACAUCAAGGUCCACAAAGUUAAGAGCCAGAACUCUGAAAGAGUGCAGUACUGUUGUCCCACCUGUGGGAAAAACUUCUCUGCUUAUAAUAAGUUGAUCAUCCACAUGAGAAGCCACACAGGAGAGAAGCCUUUUUCUUGUGAAUUUUGUGGGAAAAAGUUUCGUACUAAAGAUAACUGUAAAAUCCACAUGACGACCCACAUGGGCGAGAAGCCUUUUUCUUGCACUUUUUGUGACAAGACGUUCAGUGUAUACGGGAAAUGUAAAUCCCACAUGAGGACGCACAAUGAAGAGCAGCCGUACUUCUGUCAAACCUGUGGGGAAAGAUUUACUCAUAAACUGAGCCUCAGAUUUCACAUGCGUCUCCACCCAGGUUCAGAGCUACGUACCGACUCUGUGCAGCUUCAGCUCAGGUUUCCAGCUGACAUCCAGCAGUCUGCGCUGACGGUCGAGCUCUUCUUCGUACCGCAGGAUCGUCUUCUCAAACUCGGAGAAGAUUUCUGA